AAUUUUUUUUUCACAGGUUGUAUUUUCACAACAGAUAGUGGUGGGCCCCACACUUGGCGCGGAAAUCGAGUUACCACUUGUUAUCUGAGCCGCACAUUUUUUUGAAGUCCAAUCUGGACCAUGAACCGUGCAGGGACGGUCAUACUGCCCCAAAUCCCACAGCGAUAGACUUCUAAUAGAUGGGGUGGGGCCACAAAAGAACGCUUUAGAAAAUCCAUCUUGGGCUUGAAAGUCUGUCGGCCCAACUUGGAAGGCUUCCAUAAUUGGACUCGACGGGUGCUAAUUGGAGGAUGGUGCUCUUCCUCAUGUAACAAUUUGCCACGUCUCUCCAUUUUCCAUCCAUCAUCAGCCGGCAUCCUUCUCCAAUAGGAAUCCCAUAAAUCUCCUCCUGCUGCUGCCAAUGAAGGAGGCGACAAGACUGUCUAAACUUCGAAAGAAAUGGCGUCUUUGGCGGCAAUGCAGCUGUUACAAGUCCCCACUCUCUCAUCAUCAUCAUCAUCGGUGCCAUCAACAGUUCAGAGACCACCCUUUUUAUCAACAUUCUCGGUUGGAAGGAAAUCCCAGUUGCACUCCAAACCAGCAUCAUCUUAUUCAUACGGGUUCGUAAGGAACAAUGGUAUUCUUAAUACGCGCAGCUGGAACCAUGCGACGGUUAAAUCUCUGUCGAAUUCCCCCUUAAUAUCUCCCCACGACAAUUGGGGCAUCUGGACUGCUCUUCUUGCAACCGGCGCUCUUGGUCUCUGGUCGGAGAAGACCAAGGUUGGUAGCACGGUGAGCGCAGCAUUGGUCAGCAUCUUGAUUGGGCUGGCAGCCAGCAAUGCGGGAAUUAUUCCUUAUGAAGCCCCCGCUUAUUCGGUUGUCAUCAAAUUUCUGCUCCCAUUGACCGUGCCAUUGCUUCUAUUCAGAGCAGAUAUGCAACAACUAAUUCGCUCAACUGGGACUCUGCUUCUCGUUUUCUUGCUCGGAUCAGUGGCAACAAUUGCUGGGACUUUAGUGGCAUUCCUGUUGGUGCCCAUGCGCUCCCUUGGUCCAGAUAACUGGAAAAUAGCUGCUGCUCUUAUGGGCAGUUAUAUUGGUGGAGCCAUCAACUAUGUUGCAAUCUCAGAGGCACUUGGCACUUCUUCCUCAAUUGUAGCUGCUGGUGUUGCUGCUGAUAAUGUAAUUUGUGCAGUAUACUUUAUUGUAUUGUUUGGGUUGGCCUCCAAAAUACCUUCAGAGACUUCAUUUUUUAGUAAUAAUGCUACUACAGAUUUGCCGUCCGAUUCUGCAAGCAAAUUACCAGUGCUGCAGAUGGGUACAUCACUGGCUGUUUCCUUCGCUAUAUGCAAGGCUUCCACUUCUCUUACCAGAUUUUUUGGAAUUCAAAAUUGUGAUCUUCCUGUAAUCACCACAAUUGUUGUGAUUUUAGCAACUUCUUUCCCUGGUUAUUUUCGCCCCAUCGCACCUACCGCUGAUGCUAUUGCUGUGGUCUUAAUGCAGGUAUUUUUUGCUGUUGUGGGCGCUGGAGGGAGCAUAUGGAAUGUCAUCAAUACUGCUCCAAGCAUUUUUUUGUUUGCAUUUGUUCAAGUAACCGUCCAUCUCAUAUUGAUACUCGGACUAGGAAAACUAUUUUGCGUCGAUCUAAAGCUGUUGCUUCUGGCAUCAAAUGCUAAUAUUGGAGGUCCUACAACAGCAUGUGGCAUGGCCAAGGCCAAAGCAUGGGACUCUCUGGUUGUUCCCGGGAUUCUAGCAGGAAUAUUUGGAGUAUCCAUUGCAACAUUUUUAGGAAUUGGGUUUGGAAUUCUAGUUCUUAAACACCUGUAACUUGUUUUCUCAUGGCCAAGGCCAAACAAAGAAUGAGACUCUUUGGUUGUUCCCCGGAUUCUAGCGGGGAAAUCCAUUGAAACAUUUUUAGGACUUGCGUUUGGAACUCUACUCGAAACACUUGUUUUCUCUGCGGCCUUUAUAUUAA